AUGCUCUCGCCUCUUGAUGAAAUGCUCAAAAUGUCUGCUAAACCUGUCAGUGUCCCAACGCCAACCAAAGAAUACAAGCCAAUCAGUUCAUUGGAAUCUAUGGUCGAUAAAAUCGGACAAAAAGUUUAUGAGAGGCAGUCUCUCAAAAAAAUGGGAUGUGCCAUUCGUUGGAAAAGAGACAAAACUGAGAAAAGUCACCAGCCAAAAGCUCAGCAACCAUCACAUCCCAAAACCACCGCCGCGGCAACUGCUCCACCUACACCUCCGGAAUUGAAGCUUAUGAUAUCAGGAACAACAGCUCCUGAAGAAUUCAAUCAGUCGGAAACAACGCUUCAACUACCGAAAGAAGUAAAAGACAUUGAAAUGAAAGAUAUCGUUAAGAAGCUUCUGAAACCAAAAUAUAAUUCAAACAGCUACCAGGAAUUUCGAAGAGAUUUCAGCAUUGCUAGAAUCCUUGAUGAUGUUGAUAUCUCAACACCAGUCGUUUCUUCUGAGUCGGAUGAUUAUGAAAAUCAAGUCAAAGACACCGGACCAAUUAAAUCGAAGACUCUAAUUCGCAAAAUCGGCAACAAUCCAGCUGAAAACGAAAUAUCUUACGAUGUUCAAGAUCAUGUUGAAUCAACUUCCACUGCUCCUACCUAUUCAGCGAAAACUGCAAAGAUGAAAAAAGAAUUAUUUAUGGACAACGAAGGCUCGGACAUUGACAACAUGAAAAACAUACAACUCGACUGUUUUGUAGCCGAGAUGAACUGGAGACCGCUUCGAAAAACUGCCGCACGCCAACAAAGAGAUAGUCUCUUGUUCUUUUCGUCUGCUCCAAAAAGGCUGAAACUAUCUCAGAAUAUCAAGAAAGAAAAGAAAGACGGAAUCACUAAGUAUUGUGUUCCAUCUUCGCUAAAGAAACAUAAAAAACCAACAACUCCAGCAACUGAGAAAAAUAAAUGCUGCAAAGAACUGAAAAAAGAAGUGACCGAUGCAGUCGAAGAUUGUCAGUGCUCACUUGGCAAAGAGAAUUGCAUUAGAGACACAUUGUUUCCAAACGAGGAGAUUCUGAACUGGCUACAAUGCGAAAGAACCAACUGUGGUAAGUGGUUCCACGUGUGCUGUGUCUUUGGCUACAACGAGGAAUACAUUGAACGGAAGAGGAAGUUCUACUGCUGUUCACGCUGGGGACAUGCCAAUGCAAAGAAAGCAAAGGCCGGAAUUUUUUCCAAGCAAUUAUGCAACAAAUGA